UCAUCGUGAACGCGAGAGUGCCCGAUUCGUUUCGUUUGAGUUAUCCAGCAGCAAAAUCCCAUUAUCGCCUUUCUUAUCAAAUUUAUUAAGGAUUCUAGGUUUGGAAAGUGCUUUCCUAUAAAUAAUUGUCGUAACAUUGAUACCCUCGACAGUGUGAAGAUUGUCCUUCAGGUCGAACGAGCUAUGUUUUGUUGCGCCAGUCCAUUGCACAAUUAUUUGCCUCUGAUCUUCGAUGGGUUUGUCAUGUAAGCGACAGUGUUUUCAGUGAAAAAAGCUCAUCCCGAUUGUUUGGGAGACAUCCGGUAGUAAGAAGGAAGUUCCCCGUGGCUGUGCAUUUCCAGAAGAAAACUAAGGACCAGCACAGCUAGAAAGUAUUCAGCACCCAGCAUAAAUAACAUUAUCCAUCAACAUGAUAAUGGAUGCACUCAAGCAUUACGGUUUGGGUCAGCGAACGGAUCUCUCCAGAGCCAUAAAUCUGCCACUUCGGAACACCAAGCGAAUCAAGUUCACUUGUUUCGAUGUUUCCGAGAAGUUUCUUGUUUUUGGAGCCAACUCGGGCAGUUUGUACAUCUACGAUCGGGCCACCGUCAAUUUUUUGUCGAUCAUUCCAAGCCAGUUGGGUCCCAUCAGUCAGCUGUUGAUUUCGCGCAACGGCAAACAAAUCGCAGUUUCAAAUUUGCGUGGCAAGAUUGGUGUAGUACUGGAUCUGGAUAGCUCGGCCACCAAGGAGAUCCUCCUGACGGAACUGUCACCUCCGGGUUCGAAUGGUGGCUCUGGAGAAACUGAUGGGUCAUCGUCAUCGGACUACCUUCCCCCGGUAGCUGCGUUUGCUUCCGUUUUUGUGACCUGUUUCUGCUGGGGCAAUGACGAUCGGGAACUGUACUGUGGCGAUUCGAGAGGAACCGUUUCGCUUCUACAGUUGUCUCUGUUUAUGGGAAGAAACAUUUUGAACAUCACUAUUAAUCCGGUUCUCCUGCUGGAGAAUCAAAUAGUCCAAAUCGAUCGUUACAACGAUAUGUUGUUGGUUUCGACGCUUUCCAAGUGUGUCCUGUGUAAUACAGCGCGCGAAGAGUUCAAACAGAUCGGAAAUCGGCCAAGGGAUGGACCAUAUGGUGCAACCUUCAUUGUGGCCAACAACAUCGACUCUCCUACUGUUAGUGAUUUGUUGGACCAAACCAACGCAAAUCAUUCGGCUGAGCAACAGCAGUCAUCUUCGCCCAAAAGAAGCACAACAAUGCCAACGCAUCAACAGACCGACGUUCGAAUAUUCUGUGCCAGGCCCGGUUCUCGUCUGUGGGAAGCCGACAUGGAGGGAAAUGUGCUGCGGACACAUCAAUUUAAACUGCAACAGGUUUUCGGUUUCAAUCGGCUGCACACAAUUCGUCAGCGGUUGCUUUUAGUUCACAACGAUCGGGAGCUGCUGCUGAUCGAUCCGAUCGUUUCGAAGGUGGUGCUGCGAAUAGAAGAUCUCGAACAGGUUGAUCGGGUUGCCGUUCUGGGUGAUGAAGUGUAUGUGUUUGCUGCUGAACAAAAGCUUUUACAUCUUAAAAUUGAUGUCUGUUGGGACGAACGUUUCAAACCCGAAACUAAAAAAGUUGAUGGAAAAAAGAAUUCUCCGUUUAGAGAAAAUGGGGUUUAUAUUUUGGACCAACUGUUCAACAGUAGCAACGGGGUCACGAAGGAAAGUAAUAUACAAUCAGAAGUUACGAUAAAAGAGGCAUUGGUAUCGGUAGUGAGAGGCAAGUACGGUAAGAACAUUCGACAAAUGUUUUUAGGCUAUGAACAAAUCGCGCCAGAGCGACCGAAAACGUUAAACGUUAGCAAGGUUUACAAUCAUGAAGAAAACUAUAGCAAUGAGACGCGAGUUCUACCCACCGAUGAGGCGUAUCUUGCAGAGGAGCACGAAGAAGUAGAGGAACCAGAACCGGUUUCGACCCGACGAAAUCCACCAAAGAAAAUGUUUUCCAUGUCGCUGCUGAGUGAUUAUCAGCUGGAUGAAGAUGAUAAAACUGUUCGAAAUCUGUAUCUGGUUUAUCGUUCUUCCAUAAUAAGCAAUUUAAAUUUCUCCGAUCGUUAUGCUAAAAUAUUCGAUACCUACGAUACCCACGCGAUCGUAGGAUUGUUGUACAAACUGGAAGGUGUUAUGGAGGAGAACAACGAAGAGGAUCCUAGAAUUAAAUGUGUCAAAAUAUAUUUCGAUUAUCUCAAGGUAGAACUGAUUUGGGAAAUAGACGAUGAUUCGAGGGCAUACAUUAAGGAAAGUUUCAUAGAGUAUAAUCGUAGACUGCUUCAAUCGGAACUGGAACAGCUGGAGCAAUGCGAAUCCUGCGGACAUUAUUUGCGCCCAAAUGCUAGCUGUCACUACGCCGACAUUGGGACCACGCUUAUGCAGUACUAUUGGUCCCGAAAAGAAUACCCACAGUGUUUCGAGCUGGUUCAGCAGAUUCCGUAUCUAUGGCAUUCUAUAACGCGAUACUAUGUACAAGAUCAGCGUGAGGACAAAAUGAUCCAAUGCUUGUGGAGCAUGGGCGAUUGCGGUCUAUUGGAAAAGACCGCCGAAGAAAUAUUCACCGCUACCCAUUGGCGACAGCUGUUCGAUGUGAUGUUAACCUGCUACAAUAGUAAUAGUUUGAUGUGUUUAAACUGUGAUAAACUUUGCACGCUUAACGAAUCCGGGCGGAAUCUAAUGUGGCCACGUAAAGACAAUAACUGCACCGGUAGCAGCACCAAAACUAGCGACAAUAGUAAAACCUUCUACAGCUGGAACUAUAUUUUGAACGUAGCUAUCAGCAGUGGAACCAUCGGUGGAAAAGCACUGCUCAAGCUUGUACAGGGCUAUGACGAAUACAUUCCGAUAGGUGCUAUUGGCUCAGGCUUUUACUGUAAAUGUCUGCUGAAUGCUACUACUGAUUAGGAUACAGCUUAACCAUUGUACAUAGGCAGAUCAUAAAUAAUCUGGUCAAAAUAUUCAUAUCGCAGAGUUAGUUUUCAAACUUAUCUUAAAACUAUUGGUUGCAUCUUAUUCAUGAUGCCACUGCGCUAAAGUAGCUAAAUUAUUUCUAUAAACAGAUUUCAAUGAGGCUUUACGAAAGUAACAUACAUAAGUACACAUCGAUAAUCCAUAUCCAAAUUAAGUAAACUCGAAACGGUGACGCAGGCGUUACCUUCGUCUAUCUGUAAACAGCACCGCCCAAAAAGUAACAAUGAAGCUUUCAGUGUCGUUCCGCUUCUAACAGGGCUUUCGUUAUUAAAAAAAAAAAUCAAAUAACUUCAAUACGGCAUUAAUCAAAAACGGAUCCAUUGUUCAACAUAGUUCGCAAAUUAUGCUUCAUACCCACAAAUUGAAGGAUUGUGUAGCUAUUCGCUUAUUUUUGCAAGAAAUAAAA